ACGAGAGCAAUAACGAGUGUGUGAAGGAAGAUAUUUCAAUGGAGGAGAACAUUGACGGCAAAAGUAAGAUUACUCCUUCAAUUCCGGCUAAUUACGUCAGCAUCCUUCAGCUCCGGGAGCGUUGGAUCAACGAGCGGAAGCGAAAGGAAGAAGAAGAAGAGGAAGAGAGACGACGGAAACAACAGGCUGAAGAACAGCAAAUGAUUGAAGAAGAUCUGAAGAAAUUAGCGGAGGUUAAAGCAAAACGGGAGGAUCUCGAUGAAAAGCGUUUGAAUCGAAAUAAUCGGAAGCAUCAGGGCAGGAAUAGUAAGAAAGAGGAGUCUCUUGACGGCGGAGAAGCUGAGAAGGAAGAACCGGAAGUCACGGCGGCGAUAGGGAGCGAGAGAGGUGAAGAUGCGGGAGUACCGGAGAGCAAGAGGAGGUUUCGGAAACGAUAUGAUAGUAGGAAGAAGAAAAAUCAGAAUUUGGCGGCUACGAAGGAAGAUGUCGUCGACGAGUGUGGAUCAAUCGCGCCGCCGGAGUACGCCGUGACGGAGAAUCAUACACCGGUGAAAGACGCGAUUCUAGUUUACAGGAAGAAAGGAGAAAACGCGACGGGAAAGAAGAAUGUUGAAUCUACUGUUACAGAAACACAAUUUGAGAAUCCUUGUAUCAAAAAUCUGAAGGCGAAAACCAGAUCGAGUAAGCGUAAUGGGCUAAACCAGAGGCAUGAUUUGCGACCUCAACGUGUGGCUGUGGAAGAUGAUGUCGUCGAAUGUGGAACGGAGAAUCAUACUCCGGUGAAUGAUCGAGUUUAUAGGAAGAAAGGAGAAAAAGCGACGGGAAAGCUAAGUGUUGGAACUCGUGAGAAGGCCAUAGAGACACAAUUUGAGGAUCUCUCUAUCAAAAGCGGCGAAGAGAAAGGAGAAACCAAGAAUCUCAAGGCACAAACCAGCAGGCGUAAUCGUAAUCGGAUAAAGCAGAUACAUGAUUUGCCUCCUCGACGUGUUAUAGGGGAUGCUACAAUGGUAUGGGUGAAGAAAGAGCAAAACGAGAAAAGCUAGUGAUGGAUUUGGAAGUGGCGUGUUAGCUUUUGCGUAAGGUUUGAUGAAAUGUUGCUUCUUGGUUUCAUUACUAGGGUUUAUAGUUAUUGGUAUAAACUGAACAAUGGUUUCAGGUUUGCUGCUUUAGCAAUAUCUGGUUGGUAACAGUCUUUUUCAUGUUCAUAGAACAGAGGAAUCACUGUAUUGGCUUAAAGAUAAUGUUACUGCAAAUGUAUAUAAAU